UUUAUCGAACUGUUAAGUGUUAGCUGCGUGCAAGGAAUGUACCCCAAGUCUUUCAUUGACUUAUGGAAUGGUUACGCAGACAAGCAAGGCACGGAGAACGACAAUCCGGAUCAGUUCCCGCCCGAUCAGCAUUACAUAGCGUUUGAGACGGCCUUUGGUGGGUGCGAUUUGGAUGGGUUUCGCUUCAAAAACGCCCUGCAAGCGUUUGCUGUCUUCUCGCAGAUCGUUCUGUGUCUGGCGGUGGCUGAGAAACGGUUCAAUUUCGAGCAUCGUGAUCUUCACACGGGAAACAUUCUGGUACAACGGACGGCGGAAACCGCACGAACCUUCUAUCUGCUGGGGGAAGAGAUAGUAAUUCAAACCCAGGGCCUGAAAGCAACCAUCAUCGACUACACGCUGUCCCGGAUCGUGUACAACGGGCUGUGCCUUUUUAACGAUCUAUCGAACGAUGAGGAGCUAUUUACCGCCGAGGGCGACUAUCAGUUUGAUAUUUACCGCAUGAUGAAAUCGGCAAUCGGCAACCGAUGGAGUUCGCAUGAGCCCAAAACGAACGUCUUCUGGUUGCACUAUUUGUUAGAAAAACUCAUCUCGUGCCGAAAUUAUCGCGACAAAGCGAGUAAAGUGCACCGCGAGAACAUGGCAUCAAUGAAGGAGUUCAGUGAGGUGCUUUUGGAGUUUUCAAGCGUCCACGAAAUCGUACAGGAGUACUUCAGCUCCAAUGAAAGUUAAGCGAAUAAAGAAAAUCUAUAUUAUCUAUCUAUCUAUAUUAUUUAUCAUCUAUCUAUCUUCUCUUUAUAUAUAAAAGAAUGUCGCAUAUUGUUCGGCGGCCCAUAA